AUGUUGGAUGCAGAGAAAGAGAAUAAGACAGGCAUCACAGAGUUCAUCCUCUUGGGUUUGUGGAAUUCCAGUGAAUUCCAACCUUUUCUUUUCAUGUUCUUCCUUGUGAUUUAUCUUGUGACAAUAACUGGAAACAUCCUCAUAAUUGUGCUAGUUGUAGAAGACCAACACCUUCACACCCCCAUGUACUUCUUCCUGGGAAAUUUGUCCUGCUUGGAGACAUGCUAUACUUCAAGUAUCUUGCCAAAACUGUUGACCACUUUGUUAACUGGAGAUAGAACUAUUUCUGUGAGUGGAUGCUUAUCCCAAUAUUAUUUCUAUGGCUCUUGUGUAGGUAUAGAAACAUUUCUCCUUGCAGCAAUGUCUUAUGACCGUUACUUGGCGAUAUGUAGCCCAUUGUUUUAUGCUUCUAUUAUGAACAGGAAGUUUUGUUUCCAGCUUAUGGCUGGUGCAUGGAUAAAUGGUUUGAUAGUUAAUAGCAUUGUUGUGUUUCUGCUAGCUCAGUUUUCCUUCUGUGGAUCUAAUGCAAUAGACCAUUACUUUUGUGAACUAACCCCUCUUGAAAAACUGACUUGCAGUGAUUCCACACUAUUUAAACUCAUUGUUCUUCUCCUGUCCUUUAUUUUUACCAUUCCUCCAUUUUUACUAACCAUCAGUUCUUAUGUUUAUAUCAUUGCCAGCAUUGCAAGAAUGCAAUCCACCAUUGGAAGGCAGAAAGCUUUUUCAACCUGCUCCUCUCAUCUCACAGUGGUUUGUCUUUUUUAUGGUACAAUUAUCAUAAUCUAUUUAUUGCCAGACACUCCAACUCUGAGACAGCUUAAUAAAAUCUUCUCCAUCUUUUACACUAUCCUGACUCCUUUGGCCAAUCCCCUCAUCUACACUUUAAGAAAUAAAGAAGUUCACCAAGCCUUAAGGCGGGUUCUCAUUAAAUUGACUUUUUUGGUGGGAAGACAGAUAAUCUGA